GUACCUCACAGGUGACUAUCCUGACGUCAUACAGGAAGUGGACAGAGGGACCUUGGAGUUUUUGCUCUUGUGUUAUUGAGCAGUUGCUCGGAAAUUACCCUCAUUCAUUUAUUUCAAAGGGAAACUCCUGACUCAGCAGCGGGAUGUGCACUUUUGAUAAGGACAAAGGGCCGCGGAGGCUGAUGAAAAAAGGAUUAACUCUCAUCCUCGUCGGCCAUAUCAACUUCAUCCUUGGAGCUAUUGUCCAUGGCAAUGUCCUCCGCCACAUAUCCAAACCUAGUCAGCAUAUCACCACUGAGUACACUGUAGCCAACAUAAUCUCCGUCACCUCUGGCCUGCUGAGCAUUGCCAGUGGGAUUAUUGCCAUUGUGGUGUCAAGGAACCUUAAUGUGAUAAAACUGCAAAUAGGACUUCUCAUUGCGUCCCUCCUGAACGCCCUGCUCUCAGCAGCAUGUUGCACCGGGCUCCUCUUUGCCAUCAGUGUCACUAUUGCUCACAGUGGCGAGGGUUUGAUGCUGGGAUGCAAUGACACAGAGGUGCCCAUCAACGCUCGGUCACCUGUCAGUGCCCGAUGCCCGUUUGAUACAACACGGAUCUAUGACACCACCCUGGCGAUGUGGAUCCCUUGCGCUUUCUUGGCAGCAGUUGAGGCUGGAGUGUCUGUCUGGUGCUUCAUCGUCGGAUUGGCUCUCAGAGGCCUGGCACCCUUUGGGAACAGCUACAUCAAAGAGCAGCUGGAAGAGGAGGCUGAGUGCACUCCCCACAGCCAACGCCUGAUUGGACAGCACGUGAACCCUGACGCCUAACUGAACAGAAAACAGAAAGCACGCCACUCCAUGUAGACAAGCACAGCCAAAUCCCUGCACCUGUACUGAGACCAGUAGAUUUUGCCCUGCAGUCAGCUAGGUGAGUGUCACCGUGAAACAGGACCGAAACCAGUUUUAAGAUUCUGGUUCUGGCUAAACGGGAAUGUACAGCCCCAUACCCUGACUCACAGAUGAGCUACCUAAUGGCUCUUUGUUUUUAUCCGAAACUAAAUAGAUAAUCUUGUGUGUGAAGUUGUGAGCAGAAUACAGUUAGAUUAAAGCUGUACUUGCUAACUUAUUAAAAAAAAAAAACCUUUUUGUCAUAUUUGCUGAAACUGUCACUGUAUCCUGACAGCAGUACGUCCGACAGAUAGUCUGUGGAACAAAAUUAAGGGUCUCUGCUCCCUCAUAUUGCUUCUAAUGGCAUUACCACAGGUGAAGGAAAACAACCAAUCAGAGCUGAGGAGUCUCUAAUGCAACUGUCGUCAACAGUCAAACAAGGUAGUGCUGAACAAAUAGGCUAUGAAUAAAGAUAGCUGUAAAAUGAGACAGUUUGCUCUGGCUGGUGGACAUUUUUUAUAUUGGCUCUACUGUAUCCAACAUGGCAGUCAUGUCACAUUACAAACAUUCUCAUUUUACAGCUAAACCGUACACUAAAACAUGUUUUUGAAAACACUUAAGGCAAAAAAUAGGCAAAGCAGUAACAGAAUCUUGAUUCACAUUUGAUCAGCGCUGCCUAGUGUGACAGUUUGACCACAGUUCACAAUCAGUGUUUGAGAGCUUCAUUAGAGACUCCUCAGCUCUGACUAAUUGUUUUCACUUAGCCUCGGUAGAUUCUAGCAAAUGUAAUUACAUACUCAACAAAUAUGACUAAAGGUUAUUUUCAUGGAAGUUCCCAACUGUAGCUUUAAUGUCAGUGCAGCUGUACCCAAUGAAACACAUUAAUGGAAAUUUAAUUUGAAGUGACACAUCAGGAAGCUCACAUCAUUUUUGUUCCAGUAGGUGCAUUUCAGAGUGCAGAUCCUUUCGUGCAGAUUAUAGGAUUAAAUGCAUAUAUACGUGUGUGAACGCUAAUCUUAGGUAUAAUGUGGUCUUAUCAGUAUCCAUCCAUGACUGUUUGGAUUGUACCAAAACGUGGCGUGUCUUUCAGUAUGAAGGAACCUCCUGUCUAUGAAGAAACUACAUUUUUAUAUCUAGCAGAACUUUUUUUUAGAUUAUUUUUAUCCAAAUGAAGGUGUAUUUUAGCUUUUUCAUUUUCUGCAAAACGUAUUUUAUAUUAAUGUUUUUAAUAUUUAGACAGAUUUUAAAAUGCUACGUUACAUUUGAGAUGCAUUCAACAAGUCGUGCUUGUCAGUGUUUGCCUACAGAUUUAAUGCCCACAAAUGAUGUUUCAUGCCCGCUGCUAAUGUUCAUUGCUAAACUGUAAUGUGGAGUCGUUUCAUAUGUAAAUUGUGUGAUGUGUUUGCUUUAAAAUACUAAAAAUUCUUCAGUACUUUGCAAAUACAGUGUCUGGCUUCAAUUUGAAUUGGACAUGCACUUCUUGAAAAUAGUUUGUAUUAUUAGAUUAUUAUAAAGACAAGUGCAGUAAGUGACAUGUUCAUUAGUUUCAACGUUGGCUUCAUUUUGCAGGUAAACCAUUGACUAGUUGAACGCAUCGCAAUUAGUUUUUUAUAUUGUGUUCAUUUAUAUUCAGUUUUCCUCUGACCACAUCAUUAUUUGUCAGCUGUGGGCUAAAACUGAUUGAAUUUCACAACACAAACUAUUUGAAAAGCUGUGUAAAAGUCAAGGGUUGAUAAACCCCCACAGGACAUAGUCAAUACUUUUAUACACUCCUAUUAUUGUUUUUGCCUUUAGUAAGACAUAUGUAAUGACAAAAUGACAACUGAAACUAAAAUAGCAAAUUUAAAUCUUUUCUGUGUGGAUCCAGAGAUCCAGAGAUACAGCAGGUCUCAUUAUUUAAAGUUCAGACUGCUAAAAUAAAAAAUAAAAGUCAUAGGGAUAAUAAAAGGAUGUUUUGGGAAAGAUGCCCUAAACUGAAGGUAAUCUAGAUUGCAGCAUAGCUGUGUUUGGACUGAGUGCAUUCGUGUAUGUGCAGUAUACUGUGGUUAAAUAUCAAGUGGGGUAACAGUAAGAGGUUAAGCCAGUAUGUGGGCCAGCUGCCUCAGACCCCUUACAGCUCAACGACAGAGAAGAUCAGAUCAGCAUCGAAACUGUUAAUCUAAUGCCGUGCUCAAUUGUGUGGAACGGAGUCAUAGCACGCAAUGCUAAUCCUCAGGCUUCAAGGGAUAAAUAUUGACAUUGUGCUGACUGAUACAAUCACAUCACAUCUGUUUGGCCUUUUCAGGCAGUGUGGCGUUGAUGCCACUGUAAAGUGAUAAAAUUUGAAAUCACAAGAUGAAUAUGAGAUGAGAGUGUAGAUGCAAGCUUAUUGUGGUAUCUGGACAAAUGAACGGAAUUCAAGCAGAGUCGUGUGUUGUGACAUUGUAAUGACGUGAUGGCACUUACAGAAACUAUGGCUUUUCUGGAAUGCUUGAGUGUAUUAAAUCAUUUGGUUCUUGGAAAUAGUUUCCUGUGAAGUAAUGGAUCUCCCAUAUCUGAGGUUUAUGUAGAGUGCAGUCCAUUUAUAAAUGUAUCACAUUUCAUAUUUGUAUUUCAAUAACUGACCAUCUAGUGAGUCACUCAUUUGUGAAAGAGUGUUUUUAUUACUUGCAUUGCCAGUGACAAAAUGAAUUUAAAGCAGACUUUAAGUGCACUUAUCAGGCUAAAUGGAUAGUUCAAACCUUUUUGUGGUUGCAUUGUUGUUUCCAAAUGAGAAUUUAAAGCACUUCAAAUAUCUUGAGCAGGACAGCCCGAUAUGGACAAAACCAUUGUCAUCACUUAUCUUUUCCCUGAUUCAGCCUGUCUGUAAUGUCUCUAACACAUGGUAAAGGUGUUGUAUCUUGUAACAUCUGCCUGAAAUUUUGACAAAUUUGGAUGUACUGUACAUGUCAUUAUUUGCUUUAUGGUUUUAUAGCAGUGUAUACAUUUCAUGUAUCGUUUUUAAUAAAGAUUUUUUAUAAUGUUA